CCAAAUGGCCGGCAAGUACGACUUAAACUUCGGAUAUAGAAGGGAAGGGUCACGCAGGGCUUAUAUAGUAAACUCGUAUAAAAUUGUCCUUGUAUACAUGCUCCUUUAAUUAAUCGGAGUACAAAAAGAGAUUCACGAGAUUCAAAACAAAGACUCAUGCUAUCCGAAGCCGAAGAGUUGUCUUUCCAACCAGAACCAGAAGAGAUACUCAGAGGGAAAUUAUAUGCUAAGUCUUGUUUGACUUCGACAAACCCAAAAGGGUUGUUUACGCCUGUACCAAUAUUUUUAAAAAAAGUGGUUGUCUUGAUUUCACCAGCUGCAUUAUAUAAUCUUCAUGGUCCUGGGAUUUCCUGUUUUUGGGAUGAUUUGCAUUAGAUGGACAUGAAGAUUUCCUAUAAUUGGUUUCAGCCUUCCAUUAUUGAUGCUAAAAAAUUCCUAUCUUAGAUUUUUUUGGGAACGUAUACUUAGGAGAUGGAAAGACAAAGUUCUCAACACGGACAAAUUAUUGAAAUAAGUGUAGAUGUUUCUGAUGGGGCAAGGAGCCCUGGAGGGAGUAAGAUUUGUGGUGAAGCACCUUGUGGACUUGCAGAUGCUAGGACAAACUCUAAAGAAGCCAAAGAACGAGCAGCUUCCAUGCGCAAGCUGCUAAUAGCAGUUGCACUUUGUGUUGUCUUCAUGAGCGUUGAAGUAGUUGGUGGCAUCAAAGCUAAUAGUCUAGCAAUAUUAACUGAUGCAGCUCAUUUACUUUCAGAUGUUGCGUCUUUUGCUAUUUCUUUGUUCUCAUUGUGGGCAGCUGGAUGGGAAUCAACGCCCCGUCAGUCUUAUGGAUUUUUUAGGGUUGAGAUUCUUGGUGCUUUGGUUUCAAUGCAGCUCAUCUGGUUACUUGCGGGGAUUUUAGUAUAUGAAGCAAUUGUUAGACUUAUUCAUAAUACAGGGGAGGUGAAUGGCUUUUUAAUGUUUCUUGUUGCUACUUUUGGUCUUGUGGUGAACAUUGUCAUGGUUUUUGUGUUGGGCCAUGAUCACGGUCACGGUCACGGUCAUGGUCACGAUCACGGUCACGGUCACGGUCACGGUCACAGUCACGAUCACGGUCACGGUCACAGUCACGAUCACGGUCACGGUCAUGGUCACGGUCACGGUCACAGUCACAGUCACAGUCACAGUCCUGAUGAUCAUGAUCCUGGUGUCAGUUAUAGCCACAGAAAGACAAUCACUGCAGGUCAUCAUGAUCAUGAUGAAGAGCAUCAUCAUCACCAUGAUGAGGAGAACCCCAAAGAUAAGCUACAUCAUCAUAAUGAGGAGCAUUCUCGAGAAGAGCACCUUCAUACAGAAGACCAUACUGAACCACUGCUAAGCAAACCACAAGGUGCACAAGAAGAAAAGAAGCAACGGAACAUAAAUGUACAGGGAGCUUAUCUUCAUGUUCUUGGGGAUUCUAUUCAAAGUAUAGGAGUAAUGAUUGGAGGUGCAAUUAUCUGGUACAAGCCUGAAUGGAAGAUAGUUGACUUGAUUUGUACUCUCAUAUUUUCAGUUGUUGUUUUGGGGACUACAAUUAAAAUGUUGCGGAACAUACUUGAAGUCCUGAUGGAGAGCACACCAAGGGAGAUUGAUGCAACAAAGCUCGAGAAGGGAUUGUUGGAGAUGGAGGAAGUGGUGGCCAUUCAUGAGCUGCAUAUAUGGGCUAUCACAGUGGGGAAGGUCCUAUUGGCUUGCCAUGUCAAAAUCAGGCCAGAAGUAAAUGCAGACAUGGUGCUGGAUAAUGUGGUAGAAUACAUUAGAAGGGAGUAUAACAUCAGUCAUGUGACCAUACAGAUAGAACGUUAGUUGUGAGUGAGUGUAUUAGCUGUGUCUGCAACUUCCAUUAUUGGAGCUUCUAGUUAAGUCAUUUGGAAGCCUUUGUUUAUAUUAGCAAUAGCUCUUCAGCUUUUGAGCAUUGAAGUUGAUACUAAGGCAAGGGAUAGCUGAUAAUUGUCAAAAAUUGCACAUGAUUGCUGCUUAGUACUUCAUAUAUCCAGAAUAUAUAUUUAGUUUAA